AUGGCUACCUGGGACUUCAUCCAAAAACAGAUCCUCCUAGGCGACGCAGCGUGCGGCAAGUCGAGCUUGCUCGUGCGGCUGACGGACGACAGGUUCCUGCAGCAUUCCGAGCCGACCAUCGGCGUCGAGUUUGGGUCGCGGAUCGUCGAGUUGACAGAAGGACCCGAUGCGGGCAAGCGCAUCAAGCUGCAAAUCUGGGAUACAGCAGGCCAAGAAUCCUUCCGCGCCAUCACCCGCUCAUACUACCGCGGCGCCGGCGGUGCUCUGCUCGUCUUCUCCCUAACCUCCCACCAGUCUUUCACCAACUGCCGGGGGUGGCUGUCGGAUCUGCGAUCCUGGGGCGAAGAGGAUCUGUUGAUCUUGUUGGUUGGGAACAAGGGGGACGUUUCCCCCGAGGGCGAGGCGGGAAGCGGAGGGGAGAAGAGGGAGGUCGAGAGGGAGGAGGCGGAGCGGUGGGCGCAGGAGGAGGGGUUGGCGGGGUACGUCGAGACUAGUGCGAAGAGCGGGCAGGGAGUCGAGGAGGCCUUCAACACCCUCACCCGCCUCGUCCACGCUCGACAUCAAGCCUCGCUCGCCGCGAACCGCGCACGCAAAGCCUCCUCUGGCUCGUCCUUGCCUUCAAUCAGCUUGACGGGCGGCGGUGGAACGGGUGGGGGGAGGUGUUGUUGA